AUGGGAACAGCUUUGCACAUGAGUUCUGCUUACCAUCCACAAACAGAUGGACAGACUGAAAGACCUCAAUACAACACCAUUUCAAGCUCUUUAUGGUUACAACCCACAGCAAUUGGGUUAUUCUCUCACCAACAAUCUGCCAAUGCUGCUGUGGAGGACUACUUACAGAAAAGACAAGAUAUGGGUAUCCUUCUAAAAUCUACACUUGAGGAGGCACAACACAGAAUCAAACAACAUGAUAACAAGAGAAGAACUGACAGAGAAUUUCAGGUUGGAGACUGGGUAUACUUGAGAUUACAACCAUACAGGCAAACAUCUGUGCAACUGAGAAGAAGUUUGAAGCUGUCAGCCAAAUUCUUUGGUCCAUAUCAAGUCACUGCAAAAAUUGGGAAGGUAGCUUAUAAACUCAAUCUUCCUGUUACUUCAAGGAUUCAUCCAGUGUUCCAUGUGUCUCAGUUGAAGCCAAAGUUGGGAGAAGGAUUGUUACCACAGACUACACUCCCAUCUAUGGACUCUAAUGGAUGCCUGAAGGUCACUCCUUUUCAGAUUCUUUCCACCAGAACUGUAAAGAAGAACCAACAGUUAGUUGAUCAAGUCUUGGUGCACUGGAAUCACUCUGCAGCUGCUGAUGCUACUCGGGAAGACAAGGCUCUCAUCAAACAACAGUUUCCAAAGCUGAUUCUUGAGGACAAAAAUCAAAUUGAGUAG